UCCAAGCCACAACCUUCAGGGUUGUAGUCAGUUGGCUUUUCCACUUGGCCACCUAUUCUUGGCUUAAAGGAAUUGUGGCAGUUCAGACAGGUGACAUGGCUGGCAUCUAUGCGAGGUUAGCCAUUACUUGCAUUCAAAUCCUUUCUAGUUUGUAGAUUAGGUUUCAAAUAAAAUUCCUAUUCUUUUGCUCCCUUACGGGGGAGAGCACUGUGAUUAUGUCACAUUAAGGAGAGAGGUACAAAGACCACUGAGGAGUGCUUUAAGUGUGUAAAUAUUUGUGGGUUUUUUCUUUUUUGCUUGGGGGUUGGAAAUAAACAAAGUAAAAACUGCAGGGGAAAGCUGUAUCCUGUCAUGAAUCUUUUUUCUCAAAUGUUCUCUGUACAUUCUUGCAACUAGGUGUGGUAGCUUGUGUGAAAUAGUGACAUUUAAAAUAUAUAUAAUGCAGGUUAAAGAAGCAGCAUGGAUUUUACGACCUCUCGUGCUUCAUAUUCACUACCAUAUUUUUGGUGAGAAGGAACUGUGGGAUUCAGUCUGUCUUAUCGCUGCUUAUGGAGGUGGAAACACAUUUUCUAAAGUCUAUGUUCUUCAUACAUAUGUAAGUCAAUCGCAGUCCACUCUGCUGAGCAUCUUCUCCCAGGAGUACCAGAAACAAAUCAAAAGGACACAUGCAAAGCAUCACACUGCUGAGGCUACUGAAACUUACUACCAAAGGUACCUAAAUGCGGUGAAGAAAAAUGCAGCUUCCCCUGUACUACUGGAGCUAGCCAAUGAGGUGGACUUUGCACCAUCACUGAUGGCUAGAAUUGUACUAGAAAGAUUUCUACAGGAGGAAGAAGGAAUUAUCCCCUCCAAGACGCUUAUAAAUAGUAUGCUGCGAGACCCUUCCCUGAUUCCAGAUGGAGUUCUAGCAAAUCAGGUCUAUCAGUGUACUGUGAAUGACUGUUGUUAUGGACCACUGGUGGACAGCAUCAAACAUGCUAUUGGGCAUGAGCAUGAAGUCCUGCUGCGAGAAAUGCUUCUGGAAAAAAAUCUCUCUUUCUUAGCUGAAGAGCAGCUUCGUGCAAAGGGUUAUGACAAAACACCAGAUUUUAUUUUAGAAGUGCCAGUAGCUGUUGAAGGACACAUAAUUCACUGGAUUGAAAGCAAAGCUUCAUUUGGUGAUGAAUGUAGCCACCAGGCCUAUCUGCAUGACCAGUUCUGGAGCUACUGGAAUAGGAUCAGUGGAUUUGAAGAUAUAUAUAAUACCACCAUUAUUUUUUCUUUGAUUUAGUGGAUAUGGGUUCAUGGGUAAUAGCCAGAAUUUUAUAUGUAUAUUAAUGUCAUGAGGUUUAUAAUCUGUAGAUGAAAUGGUUAUUUUUAUUUGUUAAAAUGCAGAACAAACAGAAUUGAUUAUGGAAUAGGAAAUUGUGAAAUAUCAUAAUGACUGUUCUCAUCUGUUAAGGGUGCAAAUGUUAUAGAUUUUGUGCUUCUUAUAUGAACUUUAACACUGUCAGAAGACAGGAUACUUUUAAUGGGCUAGAUGGACCAUUGGUCAUUCCUGGUAUGGCUAUUCUUAUAUGCAGUUGCUCACCUGAAUGGCUAACCUAAUUAUCUGUUUUCAAAUUUCAAGUUACAAGAGAUAUAACUUCAAAGUGAAUCAGAGCUAUGUUUAUCCCUCUUAUAUGUCAGAGUUUAAGUGCAAUGUUUUAUGUAUACACUCAUCAUGACAGUUGAAAAGGCUAUAAAGAAAAGCAAUUAUAUAAUUGCUUUAAAGAAUUAAGUUUUAGGGAUAAAAGCUUUUAGAAACUACAGAGUAGUUUUAAUAAUUAUAUCACCUAAAGUUAAGCUGCAAAAUUGUGUCCUAAUUAUUUGUGAUGAGUAAUUAACUACAAAGUUAUAAGCUUUGAAAGAUUUUCAGAAAUAAUUUUCUUUGAUUUUUUCCGCACACACAAACAACGCCCCAUCAUUUUCUAUUUUAGCAGUUUCCACAACUUAAAUAUUAAAUUCUUAUUGUUUGCUUUCUGUUGUAUUAGUAGUGUGUGUUUUGCAAUUCUAAUCUUCACAUUUUUCUUUCUUUAUCACUGAAGUAGGCCUUUUGAAGCCGGGGAAUUUUUCAUAGCAAUAUUGACAGUGUUCACAUUUGCAUGAUGACAGCCAAGGAAUGGAGCAGUAAUUUUUGAAAUUGCAGAAGUAUUUAGAACACUGAUAAAAGCUGAAAUAUAUUUUUGAUGGAUUGAAGUUAAGCAUACAUGAUUUUUCCUGCUGUCAAAAGGCUCUGAAUUUAGUGAAUAUUUGCCUGCUGUGAGAAUGCAAGAUUAACAUCACAACCAUCACCCGGGCACCCAAACCCUGCAAUUUAAUAGCUUUUUAGGUUCUUUCCUUUUUCUAAACAGCAAUUAAUCUCAUUUUAGUACAAUUUUCUCGUUUCUGAAGUCGCUCAUUGAAUCGCUGUUUUGUUCAUAUUUGGCUUCAGCUCCUCUGCAUAGUCAUUAAAGUCCCAAUUAAUGUCACCUUUAGCUGAAGAGUACUCAUUUUUAUUGAGAAAAUGACAGUUGCUGCCAUGAGUAGUGCCGUGUAAUAUACAUUAAUUGCCCUGUAACACUGGUAAUUACGAGUUUUUCAAGCCUCUCAGUAAACUGUCAUGCCUAGACAAGACUGUGCUAAAAUAGAUUACUCAUUAGGGAGACCUGUCCUGUUUUCUGGUGGGUUCUUAGUGUUCAUUUAAAAAAAAAUCUUGAGUUUGAACAAAUAGUUGCCAAAAGCAAUUUCCUACAACAACAUCCUUGUGUUGGGUUUUUCAACCAUCACUUAAGUCUGCGGUCAGCAAAGAGACAGGGUGCAGUGGACUCUAGAGAUGUCGAGAUUUUUAACAUUUAUGUAUCUAGAUCACAAGAAUAAGCUUAACAGGUCUUAAUACAGUAUUGAAUGUAAAUCUAAUUAAAGAAGCAUUUCUCUUUUUUUGGUAUUGUGUUAUAACAGAGCUGCAUUACGUUUUGCUGAUAUUUUAUGUCUGAAAUAUUUUAUCCUGAAAAUACUUUACCACAUAGUAUUAUUGAGUGUCCAGUAAAUUGAAAUUAUGUCCAUAAUCAAAUCAUUCAGAACUGAGAAAUAGCAGGGUCUGUUUAACAUAUUUUAGAGAUCGUGUAACAUUAAAAUAUGUAUAUUUUAAAAAAUCUAGAAUCAAUUGGUGAAGAGAAUUAUAUUAAUACUGUGUGUGAAAUAGCUGGUUCUGAAAAUCAGGCUUUAAUAUAUAUCCUUUGUUUUAUCUUUGUUAUAACACCUCCUCUAGGCAAUCUGUAGUCUUUUUCUUUCUAAAUGAAUUUUGUCACUGCCUUUCAUAUUCUCUUGUGGUGAUGAGCUAAUGAAAGUAGAUAGUACAAUUUGUGCUGACCAGGUAGCAACUGCCAGCUUGCAGCUGAGCAUAGUUUAAAUAAAUAAAUAAAAUAUAGCAUUAUAUCACUGAUUUAUCCAUUACAUGACAUUAAUAGUGAGAAACCUUUGUGUGUUUAUCUGUUUGUAUUGGUGUGCAUUUAUCGAAUUGUUUAUGACAAGACUAAUUGGAGUAAUUGUAGACACUGAAAUUACCUGUCAGCUAUAUGUAACCACACUCCCUUUCUUUCUGACAAAUGAUGACAACUGAGGGACCCCAUAGCAUUACUCAUGAUGGCUUUUCGAGUGGUAAUAAGGACAAUAGGGGCCCUGGCUAAUUUGACAUGGACAGCCUUCACAACAAGAAGCCAGCUAAAUGACUUGUCAGUAGGGGAAAGAAGUCGGAAAAGUAAUGGAGUCCCCCAUGGCGCUCUGACAGGGAGAUGAGGCAAUUUCAACAGAAAGUGAAAAGGCUUCAGUUUGUCAAGUAUUUAGAACAAUCAGGGAACAGCUAGAGGCUGGAACCUGACAAUAAAUUUGUGAACCAUGGUAGCAGUUUCAUAUAGGUCAGUUAUUUCAUAAUGGCUGUGAAGCUUUCAUAGGUCUCUGCUUUCGUAGUAUACUUCACAUCCACCAACUGGUGCUUUGUCACCUUAAAUUUGUGCUUCCCUUUACACAGUAGGAGUAAUGGUUAAGGUUACAGAGGAACAGAAAUGUAAGACAGCGUGAUUUUCAGAUACCAGUCUGUUGAAAAAUAAACAAAAAUUUAGAUAGUAAUACUAUGAUUGCAUCCAUUACAAGCUAGUGGUGUUAACACAUUCUCUGAUAGUGGCUAGCCGCAUUUUAUGGACAAGAAGCAAGUAAUUUAUUUCUCACCAACAAAACUAAAAAAAUUCAACCUUUUAUUUUUUCAUUCUUCUGUAUAUAGUUAAAAUUUCUUAAGGUUCAUUUCCAUCUGUUUGCUCUCGAAACAUAUUCCAGUUCUGUAGUUAUGAUCUCUGUUGAGAAAGUGUAACUGAUGACAUAGAAAAAGACUUGUGAUUUUGUUGUAUAAUCUACAGAAAGUGAUUUAUUUGAGGAUUUCAAAUUAAAAAAACUCAUGAUUUAAAUAUUGGUUCUUAAAGUAGAGUCCUUCACUGAUCAUGUGGGUUUUUUUUCUGUGGCUUCAGAAGCCUCUUACUUUUUAUAACCGUGGUGUUGACCUUUUUAUAUCCAUUGAAGAAAAUAAAGUUAAGACAAGAUUAAAGCGUCACGUUUGUGCUGUGUCUUUUGAAUUCUUGACUUACGAUCCAAUCUUGCUUAAAAGUGUUUGUUUUUUUCAUGGAUAUAGUGAGAAGCAUCAACUUUUUCUUUCUGAAGUGAUCAUAGUGCUAUAAAAGAGUACAUAGUAGUUUACAUUUUUACUUUUGACAACUUUUUUUCCUUCAUUUUUGCUAAAGACUUCCCCACCUAUGCACCCAUUUUAAGCAUUUGAAAACUAGUGCAACGACUGUUUAUUCAGGAGCUCUGGAUCCUAAUUCUUACAAUAAGUACUUCAAGAUGUGUCUCUCUUCUCAUGAGUAACAUAUCGUUUGACCUGGUCUUACUAAAAUUAGCUGUAUAGGCUUUCUGUUUUCUCCACCUUUCCCCUCCGAUCAUCUUGCCCUUUCUUGAGCCAAAUAGUCCUUUUUUUAUGAGUCUCAUUAUUAAAUUGUGAAGGAUUUUUAAUUUAGGCACCAGAAAAUUUGGCCUUUUAUUCCCAAUACCAGAGCAUUUAAAAAAAAUAAUUCUUCUGUUUUGGUAAUUGUAUCAAGGAAUAUCUUUGAUAAAUUAAAGGCGUCUGUCAUCCCUUCAAUAUGGGUGGUUGAAACACACACAAAUGCUCGUGUUCUCACAAAACCAACUCUCUCAGGUGAUCAUUUAAACAUAUGUUAAUAUGUGAAACUCCUUAAAUAUACUUGCUUUCCUUCAUAUGUUCUCCAAAGUUUACCAAAUAGUCUUUCUUCCUAAUUAUUUUCUUGUUGUCAUUCCAGAAGAGCUAAUAAAAUUACCCAGGAUAUGCACUCAGGUGGCAGGAAAUAUUAUUUCAUG